AUGUCUCUCCUGGGGACGAUCAACCCUAAUUUCAACCCGGAGUCAGAGCAGACUGCCGCGGUUGAGGCCCGACGACAUGACCCGGCCGGCAGCGUGAGCUCCGACGACACGGCCCUCGACAAGGUCGACAAAAUCGGAGAUGAGCAGGUCAUUGAGGCCGAGGUCACUCGCCUGGCCCGGCAGUUGACUCGACAGUCGACGCACUACUCGGUUUCCGGCGAGGACGCAGAGAACACGUUCGCGAGUACCAAGGAGGACUCCACGUUGAAUCCGGCCAGCCCUAAUUUCAAGGCCAAGAACUGGAUGAAGAACCUGCUGGCUAUCACCUCGCGUGACCCGGAACGCUUCCCGCAGCGGAAGGCAGGCGUGGCGUUCAGGAACCUCAGCGUCCACGGCUUCGGCAGUCCGACGGACUACCAAAAGGAUGUCUUCAACUCUGUUCUGCAGAUUGGAGCGCUGGCCCGUAUGCUCACCGGAACCGGCAAGCAGAAGAUCCAGAUUCUGCAGGAUUUUGAUGGUCUGGUGAAGAGCGGUGAGAUGCUGGUCGUUUUGGGUCGGCCUGGCAGUGGUUGCUCGACUUUCCUAAAGACCCUGACUGGAGAGAUGAACGGAAUUUACAAAGACAAGAAUUCCCACAUGAAUUACCAAGGUAUCUCGGACAAGUUGAUGAAAAACCAGUUCCGUGGCGAGGCAAUCUACACGGCCGAGACGGACGUCCACUUCCCGCAGCUUUCCGUGGGAGACACGCUCAAGUUCGCGGCACUUGCUCGCGCCCCUCGCAACCGGCUACCCGGCAUCACGCGCGAUCAAUACGCUGAACACAUGCGUGAUGUGGUUAUGGCCAUGCUUGGCCUGACACAUACCAUCAACACCAAGGUCGGCAAUGACUUCGUCCGCGGUGUCAGUGGUGGUGAGCGGAAGCGUGUCAGUAUUGCCGAGGCCACUCUGUGCGGCAGCCCUCUUCAGUGCUGGGACAACAGCACCCGUGGUCUGGACAGUGCGAACGCGCUCGAGUUCUGCAAGACACUCAACCUGAUGACCAAGUAUGCCGGUGCCACGGUUGCAGUGGCCAUCUACCAGGCUUCACAGAGUGCCUAUGAUGUGUUUGACAAGGUGACGGUGUUGUAUGAGGGUCGCCAGAUCUACUUUGGCCGCACAGAUGAGGCCAAGGGGUUCUUUACUGACAUGGGAUUCGACUGCCCAGAACGUCAGACGACCGCCGAUUUCUUGACUUCCUUGACCAGUCCGGCUGAGCGAGUUGUCAAGCCUGGCUUCGAGAACCUGGUCCCGCGGACACCGGACGAGUUUGCGACUGCCUGGAAGAACAGCGCCGCUUAUAAGAACCUGAUGAAAGAAAUCGACGAGUACGAGCAGGAGUUCCCUCUCGGGGGCGAAUCAGUACAGAAGUUCAUCGACUCUCGUCGGGCCAUGCAGGCGAAGAACCAGCGAGUCAAAUCUCCCUACACUAUGUCCGUCUCGCAGCAGGUCAGUCUCUGUAUGGUGCGAGGAUUCCAGCGUCUGAAGGGUGACGCGAGUUUAACUCUGAGUCAACUCAUCGGCAACACCAUCAUGGCCUUGAUUAUCGGUUCCGUUUUCUAUCAGUUGCAAGACACCACGGACAGUUUCUAUUCUCGUGGUGCUCUUCUGUUCUUUGCGGUUUUGCUCAACGCCUUCGCUAGUGCACUCGAGGUAAAUUUCAUUGUGAAAUACCGCUCACCUAUACAUAUGCUGACGGAUUACCAGAUUUUGACCCUCUAUGCGCAACGUCCAAUUGUCGAAAAGCAAGCUCGCUACGCCAUGUACCACCCGUUUGCUGAAGCAAUAGCGUCCAUGUUGUGUGACAUGCCAUACAAGCUCCUCAACGCCGUCACUUUCAACAUCACGCUCUACUUCAUGACCGGUCUUCGCAGGACUCCCGGUGCCUUCUUUACGUUCCUUCUUUUCUCCAUAAUGACCACCCUGACCAUGUCCAUGAUCUUCCGAACCAUUGCUGCCACCUCGCGCACGCUGUCUCAGGCUCUGGUGCCCGCCGCCAUCCUGAUCCUGGGUCUGAUUAUCUACACCGGCUUCACCAUUCCGACUGGCAACAUGCUGGGUUGGUCUCGAUGGAUGAACUACAUUGAUCCGAUUGCGUACGGUUUCGAGUCGCUUAUGGUCAACGAGUUCCACAACCGGGCAUUCAAAUGCCUACCCUCAUCUUUCAUCCCUGCCGGUCCCGGCUACGAGAACGUGGGCGCAGAAAACAAGAUCUGUUCAUCCAAAGGUGCUCGCGCAGGCCUGAGCGUUGUGUACGGCGAUGACUAUCUUCAUGACGGCUUUAAUUACUACAACAGCCACAAGUGGAGGAACCUGGGUAUCAUGCUCGGCUUCAUGUUCUUCUUCAUGGCCACGUACCUAGUCGCCACCGAGUACAUCUCAGAGUCCCAGUCCAAGGGCGAGGUUCUUCUCUUCCGUCGCGGACAUGCCCCCGGAAAGCGAUCUGAAGACGAUAUCGAGCAGUCCGAGAUUGUGAGCCCGGCCGAGAAGACGGACGAGUCGAGCGGCAAGGAAGUUACUGCCAACAUCCAAAAGCAGACUGCUGUCUUCCAUUGGCAAGACGUGUGCUACGACAUCAAAAUCAAGAAAGAGGAACGCCGUAUUCUGGACCACGUCGAUGGCUGGGUUAAGCCGGGUACUUGCACGGCUCUCAUGGGUGUCUCCGGCGCUGGUAAAACCACUCUUCUGGAUGUUCUUGCGACCCGUGUCACCAUGGGUGUUGUCAGCGGCGAGAUGCUUGUCGACGGUCGUCUCCGUGACCAGUCCUUCCAGCGGAAGACAGGUUACGUUCAACAGCAGGAUCUGCAUCUCCACACGAGCACCGUCCGCGAGGCUCUUCGCUUCAGUGCUAUUCUCCGCCAGCCGGCUCACGUCUCCCAUCAGGAGAAAGUUGACUACGUGGAGGAGGUCAUUAAGCUGCUUGGCAUGGAACACUAUGCCGACGCCGUCGUUGGUGUUCCCGGUGAAGGUCUCAACGUUGAACAGCGCAAGCGUCUUACCAUCGGAGUCGAGCUCGCUGCGAAGCCGCAGCUGCUCCUGUUCCUGGACGAGCCCACAUCCGGUCUUGAUAGCCAGACCUCUUGGUCCAUUCUCGAUCUGAUUGACACCCUCACUAAGCACGGCCAAGCCAUUCUCUGCACCAUCCACCAGCCCAGCGCCAUGCUCUUCCAGCGGUUUGAUCGUCUCCUCUUCCUUGCCAAGGGCGGCAAGACCGUCUACUUUGGUGAAAUCGGCGAGAAGUCUUCUAUCCUGGCCAACUACUUUGAGAAGAACGGCGCACCCAAGCUGCCAACCGAGGCCAACCCGGCAGAGUGGAUGCUUGAGGUCAUUGGUGCCGCCCCCGGAUCCCACAGCGACAUCGACUGGCCUGUUGUCUGGCGCGAGAGCCCCGAGCGUCAAGGAGUGUUGGAGCACCUCGCAGAGCUGAAAUCGACCCUCUCCCAGAAACCCGUGGAGCCAACCAACGACGACCCGGACAGUUACAAGGAAUUCGCCGCUCCCUUCUCCGUGCAGCUGUACGAGUGUCUCGUCCGUGUCUUCGCGCAAUACUGGCGCACGCCGGUCUACAUCUACUCCAAGUCGGCGCUGUGUAUCCUGACCGCAUUGUACAUCGGGUUCUCCUUCUUCCAGGCACAGAACAGUAUCCAAGGUCUCCAGAACCAGAUGUUCAGUAUCUUCAUGCUGAUGACCAUUUUCGGCAACUUGGUGCAGCAGAUCAUGCCGCACUUCGUGACGCAGCGCUCCCUGUACGAGGUCCGUGAGCGGCCCUCCAAGGCAUACUCGUGGAAGGCGUUCAUGACAGCCAACAUUCUCGUUGAACUGCCCUGGAACACGCUCAUGGCCGUCCUCAUAUUCGUCUGCUGGUACUACCCGAUCGGUCUCUACCGCAACGCAGCACCGACUGGCGAAGUGCACGAACGCGGCGCGCUGAUGUUCCUGCUCAUCUGGACUUUCCUGCUUUUCACUUCGACCUUCGCACACAUGGUUAUCGCCGGUAUCGAGCUCGCCGAGACAGGUGGCAACCUGGCCAAUAUGCUCUUCUCGCUGUGUCUAAUCUUCUGUGGUGUCCUCGCCACUCCACAGGCCAUGCCCCGUUUCUGGAUCUUCAUGUAUCGCGUCUCGCCAUUCACCUAUCUGGUCUCGGCUAUGCUCUCCACGGGUGUAUCAGGCACAGAAGCCGUAUGCGAGCCCAUCGAGUACUUGAAAUUCAAGCCGUUAUCCAACGAGACUUGCAUCCAGUACAUGGAGCCGUGGAUCAAAGCUCGUGGUGGUUAUCUUCAGGAUAACUCCGCUACGGAUGAGUGCUCAUUCUGCACCAUCUCUUCCACGGAUACUUACCUCGCUGGCGUCGGGAGCUAUUACAAGGAUGCAUGGCGCAACUUUGGAUUCAUGUGGAUCUACAUCGUUGCUAACGUCUUCCUGGCCGUGUUUAUCUACUGGCUGGCCCGCGUGCCCAAGGGAAGCCGCAGCAAGAGCAAGAAGAGCUCCACCUAA